AUGGCUUACGCCGCGAUGCGGCCCGGAUUCCUACCGUUCGUGCUCGGCAGUGCUUGCGGCGGCGCGGGCGUCGUGAUCUGGGGCUGGGCUAGAAUACGCAACGCCCGCCGCAAAGCACAGAGAGACGUCCGGGAGGCGGAGGACACCGUCGCAAAACACAAGGCCGCGGCAGAUGAUGCUAGGAAGGCCCGCGAGUCAGCAGACGCGCGGGCGGCCGCGGCCGUCAAGGACGUGGCGUCUGCCGAGGCGCGGCUCCGCGCGGCCGAGCUCGCGCGAGACGACGCCGUCGCGCGGGCCGCGGCCGAGGUCGCGCGGGCCGACGACGGCACCGACGGCGCCGAGCGCUGGGCGGCAAGGUUGGCCGAGGCUGAUAUACGCCGAGCCGCCGAGCGCGAGAAGCUGUGCGAAGACGUCGCGGCGGCACACGCGGAGCGCGACGCCGCCCGUGCGGCUCUGGUCGGCCGCGCCGAGCUCGAGCCGCGCCUCCGUCUAGCACUGGAACGGCGCAAGCUCGGCACCGUUGCGGACAAAUUUGUGGUUGAGGGCAUCCUCGACGCGACCGCGGCGCGGCGGCUCACGGACGACGACUUCCAACGGUUCGGCUACUUGUCGUUCUCGUUAUCAAGCGGGCCCGUCGCCGACAUCCGCGCGGCCGUGAACGAGGCGUUCGGCGCCGAUUUGAUCCUGGAUGCCGGCGAUCCGCCCAAGGAUCUAUUAUGCCCGCUCACUUUAGAUUUGUUCGAAGAUCCAGUGGUCGCGACCGACGGCCACACCUACGAACGCGCGGCCAUCGAGAAGUGGUUCGCGAGCAAGACGACGUCGCCGCUGACGAACGCGCGCAUCACGACGGAACUCGUGCCGGCCCAUUGCGUGCGAUCUUUGGCUGAUAGAUAUCGCGUGACGGUCGCGGAUCCGCCCGCUCCGGCGCCGGCGCCGGCCGCGCCGGACUUCACGACGCCGCUCCUGGCGAACAGCCGCGCGCCAUCGCGCGCCGUCGAAGCGGCCCGGGGUCGCCUCGAAGCGGCCGAGCGUGUCGCCGAAGCGACCGGGCGCGGCCUCGAAGAGGCCCGGCGUCGCCUCGAAGCGGCCCGGCGUCGCGUCGAAGCGGCCGGUGGCGUCGAGGCGGCCGGGGGUGGCGCCGCCGCGCCCGCGCCGGCCGUGGCGGCGACACCCGCGAUCGUCGAUCAAGAAGAGGAAGCCUCAAGCUCAGGGUCGUCAGUGGGCAUGUACACCAUUGAGGAGUCUCAGGAAUGGAGCCGCGCCGAAGAAGAGCACUUACGCGGCGGCGGCGGCGCGCCGCCGCCGUUGAGCGAGCUCGGCCUGCCCUCGGACUCGUACGAAUCAGACGACUCGGGCGGCUCGUCGUCGUCGGCGCCGUCCUUGGUGCCGAUCCCGUCGGCGGCUGAUCGAAGCGCGGCGGCGGGAAUUUCGGACACGGACGCGGACUCGUCCGCGAGCACGGACUCGAGCGACUCCGGCUCGUCGUCGUCAUCAGCGCCGGCCGCGGCACCGCUGGCCUCGCCGCGCUCGCGGCGGGCGGCCCAAGCCGCGCGGGCGGCCGAGCUGCGCGCGCUGGCCGCGGCGACGAACUCCGAGGUCGACGUACCGGUGCGCGACGCCGCCGCGCCGGCGACGCCCGCGCCGCGGCCGCCGGCCCAGCUCGUCAUGGGCGGACCGCUACCUAGACAACCGGCGCGGGUCGCGAGCGACCCCGAGCUCGUCGUCGGGACGGACCCGGAGAUGGAGCACCCGCCGGCCGUGACGCCUGACGCUACGAACUAAGUACUUUACACACGAGUCGACGAACGA